GAAUUAGUCGGUUUGAGCUGGUUUCCUGUUUUUUGUCCUGCCAUACUCACAAUGGUGAGGUUAGGGUGCCCGGUGCCCAGUGCCCACUAAGCCAAAAUCCAUUGCCCGAUCAACCCCUAUUGCCCUUCUGUUUCCCUUUUUGUCACCGACUUUUCUCGAACCUAAUAUAAGUACAACAACUACUAAAACAAGACUUUCAGUAAAUUUGUGGAAGGCAGCGGGACAAGAGUUUAGUAAACACUGCCGUGAAAUUGAAGGGUUUUUCUUUUCUUUGCUUCUAAACCAGUCGCCAAUUAUGGCGGAAAGCUCCUCUGCUCCGGCUCCACCUCCACCCAAACCCGUCGUGGUUAGGGUCAAACGAAAACCCUUCCAUUCUCCACUCGACGCUUUCUGGUUGGAAAUCAACGACAGGCCAUUCAAGCGCCCUCUCUUGGAUUUCGGAAAUCUAUCUAUCUCCGAUUCUUCUCCAUUAGGGGAAAUUCACAACAAGAAGGUUUUGGUGCAACAUGUGGAGACAAUAAGCAGCUCUGAGGUCACUUUAGAUAUUGUGCAGUCAUUUGUGGAUCCUGGUUCCAAAAGUGCUUCUAAAUCUAAGUCAAAAGUUGAGGAAAGGAAGAACCUCUUCAAAAAAGUCAACAAGCAAGAUCAGCUCUUGUUUAAAGCUAAACAAGAAAAAGAGUCUUCAGCGAAAGAGGCUCGUUUUGAGCAAAUAUGGAAGAGCAGGAAAGUAAACAAGGGGACAUCUGAUGAAAAUGCAUUAAAAGAAAUAUGCCAGUUCUAUGACAUUGUUCGUGUUGACUCUGAAGAACAAAUUAAGAAGGCGCAACACGAAGAUAUCUCCUUGGAGGAUCAAAGACUUCUGUCUAGUUUCCUCCCUUUACUAAGAGAGGUUAUUCCUAAUGCUGCUGCAGAGAUUGAAGUUGAUUUAAGUACUCAAUCCAAACAAGAGGACUAUGUUUAUGACCUCUACACUGUAACGGAUGAGACGAUCAAUGAAGAAAGUUCUUCACAUUCUUAUCCACUUAUUCAAGUUGAUGAUGAAGAUUAUUGUGACGGGCCUGAUGAUUCAGAUUAUGAAACUGAGGACUCAAAUGAUGAAAACCAUCCAAUGAAUGACUACCCAGAGGAGAUUUCGGAAGACAGUGAAGAUUCUGAUUGUGAAUCAGAUGAAAGUGAGCAUAGCAGAUCUAAUAAUGAAUCGUCAGAUGAUGAUGAAGAUGAUGAUGAAGAUGCGGAUGAUGGACACCAUGGUUUUGCUAAAGAUGGUAUUUCUGAUCCAUUGUAUGAUGAGGAUUUUGAUGAUUAUGACGGCCAAGAGGUAGACUCUGAUGACGACGACGAUGAUCCGGAUAAUGAACAAUUGAAGUGGUCUUACAGAUGAAGCUAUCGGAUUAUUCAUAAAAUCCUGCAAAAAAAAAAAUGUGUUGCUUCUAAUUUGUAGUUGAUGAAGUUUCGAAUUUCUUAGUUUGUUUACAUUUUAGGCAACUGGGCUCAUUUGUAAUGGGAGUUCACAAAAAUAUCCACCAGGGUUGGUUAUUUUGUCCAAUUAGUAAUUUGAGCGUGGAUAUGUCUUAAAAAAGUUUUCUAAUUUCAGAUUGUAUAUGAUUCUUUCUUUAUAGACUAAAAGGUGUGUGAAUAUGAUA